AUGCGGCUGCUUGGCCAUCUACCGAAGAUUCGGACGAAGAGCACUUCUCGCGCUGAUCGUAUUACAGCAGCUCUGGCCAUACUGACGCAGCCAUCUGCGAUCGUGCAGACUUGUCAACAGAUCCCAGCGUGUGGACAGAGGACGCUACCUUGGCCUGUGGGGCGACAAGAUGAAGAUAUACGAAGAACUACGGUUCAUCAAGACGCAACUAAGGACAUUAUUUACGAUACCGCCGAUACUAGUAGCUGUCGGAUCCAUGACGCAGGACUGAGACGCAUCGCAGAGGAACUACAAAUCCUCGAUCGGAAUCGCGACAGAAAGGCGGACUACCUUAACGAGGUCAGCAUAGCCGAUCAGCUCAAGCAAGAGUCGUUGGAAGAGCAGAUGGUGUCGACCCUAAGGACAGUGAUGCGGACUCUCAGGAGCGCCGAUAAUAUGAAGAGAAUCAUCAUUGAUGACACGGAAUCUCAGACAGAGACUUUUGCCGAAGAUGCGGAAUGCCAAGCCUCCCCAAUCGAACAAUGCGAUCAAUCAACGCAGGUCGAGCCGAGAAUGCAAAUGAGCCGGGAGGUGCAAACGGAUAAGAAACUUAGAACGAUCGCAGACGCAACCCACCACGAGGCAACACCCUAUACAGACAACCGACAUCCAAAUUCAGCAGGACGAACCAACGACAAGCAGAGACGGCAAGCGCCGCCUAGGCAAAAACCAACUUACCCACCUUGA